GUAAAUGCAGCAUAUUCAGUAUGCAAAGGUUGGCGAGUUUUGCUAAGUAUAAGAACGAGAAGGAUGUAUUUAUUUGCAAACUUUCUAAAGCUGGCUUUUAUUACGUGGGAUAUGACAAUGCAGUGGAGUGUGAAAGCUGUAAAUUCAAAUCCAACAGCUGGACAGAUUUAACGGACCUAUUCACACGACAUGUAGUGCAUUCUUCAACUUGUCCGUUUUCACAUGAAAAUAACGUUAAAACUGAGCAUUCCAAAAAGAUAUUUUUGCCAAAUACUCGUGAAGAAGAUCAGAAAAGAGAUCGUAGCCCUAUAAGAGCGGAUAACUCUGGAAGACGUGUAGACACUGUGAGGAGGCCAGAAAAAGACUCGUGCAGCAUAAAUGCUUCAUCACCAAAACAGAUUUUUCAGAAUUUAGGAAUACAUUUUGAUCGCCCAAAGUUCCCGUCUUAUGCUGUUCUUGCGACUAGAAUAAAAAGUUAUGCUACAGCAGACAAUUGUUUUCACAAAUCGCCCACGGAAAUGGCGCAAGCAGGAUUCUUUUUCAAAGGUUAUUCAGAUCAUGUUUGCUGCUUCAGUUGUGGAGGGGGUCUCUCAGAAUGGCGACCUGAAGAUGACCCCUGGGUGGAACACGCAUACUGGUUUCCAAAAUGCACAUUUAUAAUCCAGAAUAAAGGAGAAGCGUUUGUGCGACAUUUACAACUCAUCAGAGAGGAGGAUGAAAGAAGGGAGCAGACAGAAAAAAUGAAUGGCCAAGGUGCUUUCUGCAAUGGCGGAGACGAGAUAGAUUCUGUCGUGUUUUCAAGCGUUCUGGAAAUGGGUUACACUGAAGAACAAAUAAAAGGAGCCUUCGAAUCAUUGAAAUUUCAAGGAAUUCGUGGGAGUGUGUCAGCUGAAAACAUUGUAGAGAUUCUCAUGCUACAAGAGGAUAAGUCACCCCCAUCUAAUAACAGAGUAUCAGCAGACAACAACUUUGAAUCCAUAACCGAGGACCAACCUCGUUCUAUUGAAUCACUUAGUAGUGAAAUGAAUAACACAAAUCUUAUAGAUUUGCAAGCUGUUCAAAAGGAGUACCAAGAAUUGCAAGAUAUCACAAUCUGCAAAGUGUGUAUGACAGAAAAAGUUAGUAUUGUAUUUCUACCCUGCGGCCAUAUUGUCACGUGCGCUGAUUGCGCACCUGCCAUGCGCAAAUGUCCGAUCUGCCGAGGAAUGGUGAAGGGGACCAUUAGGGCAUUUUUGUCAUAAAGAAAUCAUUUACAUACAUAGAAAAAAGCAAUAUCACAUGAUCAUAGGCAGCUUUUUUACAAUCACGGAAUAUUCCAGUGCUUUUAUAACUUCUAUUUAUACAAAUAUAUCCGAAGAGGCAGCUUACUAUUGAAUACAAUGCAUUGACUUUGAAAUAGCAAUUGAAUUAGAUUUUAGCAUCACUUGGAAUUUUUGCUUGUAUAUCAAGACGAAGCUAAAGAAUAAUACUGUAAAUAUAUGGCUGAUCACAUUUAUGCAAGUACACUGUGUAAGGCCUAUAUAUUUAUGCAAGUAUAUAUUUCGCAUUAUGUAAAUAUUUUGAAUAAUCUGGCAAAAAAUGGCACCACCAUAUGUAAAGAAUUAUUUUUGAUAAAUUCUUUUAUAUGAAAUAUAUCAAUUUGGAAGAUUAGUUUCCAAUGGUUAUAAGGAUUAUUGUAA